AUGUGGAACGCACCUAAGGUGGGAAUCCUCGGCGGCGGCCAGCUCGGUCGCAUGCUUGUCGAGUCCGCCAACCGAUUGAAUAUCCAAGUCAACGUUCUGGACGCCGAGAACUCUCCAGCGAAGCAAAUCAGCUUUCACGAUGGCCAUGUGACGGGAUCCUUCAAAGAGCGUGAAGCUGUGCGCCAAUUGGCCAAGACUUGCGAUGUCAUUACUGCCGAGAUCGAGCAUGUUGAUACCUAUGCCCUUGAGGAGAUCGCUUCCGAGGUUCGGAUUGAGCCCAGCUGGCAGGCGAUCCGAACAAUCCAGAACAAAUUCAACCAGAAGGAACAUCUGCGGAAGUACGGAAUUCCCAUGGCGGAUCACCGUGAAUUGACUCAGAACACACCCGAGGAAUUGGCGGCGGUGGGCGAACAAUUGGGCUACCCCAUGAUGCUCAAGUCGAAGACCAUGGCAUAUGAUGGACGAGGCAACUUCCGUGUGAACUCAAAAGCAGACAUCCCCGAGGCUCUUGAGGCCCUCAAGGAUCGCCCGUUGUAUGCGGAGAAGUGGGCCUAUUUCAAGACAGAACUCGCCGUUAUGGUUAUCAAGACCAAGGAUGAAGUCCUGUCAUACCCUACCGUUGAGACUGUGCAGGAGGACUCAAUAUGCAAGCUGGUCUACGCACCAGCUCGGAACGUGUCAGACAAGAUCAACCAGGAGGCACAGGCUCUUGCUCGCAAGGCCGUUUCUGCAUUUGAGGGCAAGGGUGCCUUCGGUGUGGAGAUGUUCCUGCUCGAGGAUGACAGCCUUAUGCUCUGCGAGAUUGCCAGCCGAAUCCACAACUCCGGCCACUACACCAUUGAAGGCUGCGCGCUGUCACAAUUCGAUAGCCACAUGCGCGCAAUUCUGGACCUCCCCAUCCCGGCCAAGAGCCUGGAAAUUCGCCAGCCUUCCAUCAUGCUCAACAUCAUUGGCGGCGCCAGCCCCGACACCCACCUUGAGGCUGCAGAGGCUGCCCUCUCUAUCCCCAACGCGGCAAUUCACCUGUAUAGCAAGGGCGCUGCCAAGCCCGGCCGCAAGAUGGGCCAUGUUACCGUGACGGCCGCGACCAUGCACGAAGCCGAGACCAUGAUCCAGCCGCUGAUUGACGUCGUCGAUAAUAUCCGUGCCCAGCGCACCGACAUCAAGACCAAGGCGCAGCCUUCCGGCCCAUCCAAGCCCGCACCUCAGGUGGCCGUUGUGAUGGGUUCAGACAGCGACCUCAAGACUCUGGUUCCCGGCCUCAAGCUGCUGCAAAACUACUUCGGCAUCGAACCCGCGGUGGAAAUCACCUCUGCACACCGUACACCGAACUAUAUGGCCGAGUACUCGGCCGAGGCCGCCUCGCGCGGCAUCAAGGUGAUCAUCGCGGCUGCCGGCGGUGCCGCGCAUCUUCCGGGCAUGGCGGCCGCCCACACAGCCUUGCCCGUCAUCGGUGUCCCUGUCAAGGGCAGCUCGCUCGACGGAGUCGACAGCCUGUACAGCAUUGUCCAAAUGCCCCGCGGUGUCCCCGUCGCCACUGUCGGCAUCAACAACAGCAUCAAUGCCGCUCUUCUAGCCGCUCGCAUCCUGGGCUCGUUCGACCCGGCCAUCCAGCGCAAGGUGGAGACCUACGCGGAGGAAGCGCGGGCUGAGAACAUGGAGAAGAAGGGCACCAAGCUGCGCGAACUGGGCUGGGAGAAGUACUUUGAGCAGAUGUAG